GUUGAAGAACUUGAAUGACGUUUCGUUCACAAACCAUGGUUAGUUUUAAUGCAAUCGUGGUUGCCAUGUCAAGUCUGUUCGUACACAUGCCCGAAGGAGCAAUUUAUCAUUGUUCAGACAUUUUUCACAAGGUUGAGGUCAAUGACACAACACCCAUUGGGCAUGUAGUGGUUACUGCCACUGGAAAAAUUACACAGUAUAAUGGAUGCGGAAACUUUUUUGAACUUUCGAACGGGGAACUUGUAUUGAAAUCAAAGCUAACGACGCUUUGUGCAGACGAAUUGCCUGUAUGCCGAUUCGAUACAAGCGACUGUUCGAAGACGAAUAUUCUACUUCUACUGACCAUUGUGCAAACCGCAUAUUACAACAUUUCUUACAAAGAAGAAAAUUAUACAGUAUCUAUAACAGAGAAUACGAAAAAUGCAACAUUGCUGCAAAUCGGUUCCGAUAGACUGGGAGUAAAUAUCGCGAUGGGUAACUGUUAUAAUGGAGAUGAAACCUCGUGGGAGCUUCAAAAAUCAUUCGCACUAAAGCUAUGCGGUUAUUACUAAACCUACCCGUUUGAAUUCUUAAUGGAUGACAUGACGUUCUUAAUCUACAGAAGUAGAAUCUGAGACUUUUGGUGAAUCUGUGCCGUUUUUCUGGAGGGCCUCAAGAAACAGAAAUUCCUUAUAUGCAUAUGGCAAUAUCGAUUAUGAGAAACGCACUGAAUAUGCCCUGACAAUCGAAGGAACUUAUGUGGGUAUAAAUGGUUCAGCAACAACGACAAUCUUUGUGGAAAUCAUUGACGAAGAUGACCAAAAUCCAACAUUCAACAUCAAAAACGGUAUUGACUACAGACUGGAUAUCGCUGAAGGGGUGAUGUUACUUAUAGAUUUGUGUGGAG